AUGGUGGACCACCGAAUUCUCCUUUCCAAAUUGGCCUAUAUGAACUUAACUAAAUCUUUUUGUCUGUGGAUUCGAGAUUUCCUAUCCAUGAGAAGUCAACAGGUAAAGCUAUUUCAAAUGUUGUCAUUAUCUGCUCCAUGCCCAACUGGAGUUCCGCAAGGCUCGGUCAGCUCUUCUAUGCUAUUUAAUGUAUACAUCGAUGAUUUAGAAGAUCAAAUCCCUGCAAACCUAACCGUCGUUACCUCGAAGUAUGCCGAUAACUGCACACUCGAUCAAGCAGUUGGAGCCGGAGAAAUAAGCCAUGUCCAACAGGCUCUAGACAUUAUCCAAAAUUGGUCAGUGUCGACUGUCGAACAAAAUGACUAUCAACGUCAAAAAAACAAACGAACAAACGUCAUGUGGAUAUGUUUCACGAAAUAA